AUGGAGGCAAGACUGAAAAAACUAGAGAUAGUUGUAGCUGAUUUGAGCGAGCAAAUGGACACACACAAACAGACUAUGACCGAGCUAGUAGAGCGGCUGGUAGCUCAAAUGGAAGGAAAGAUGAAUGAAUGGAAGGACGAGAUCGCAGAGACAAUUCGGCUCAAUCGACCUCCGCCACCACUGAUGUCCACUAUCCCAGGUGGAUCAUCUGUAAAUGGAGUCAGGAAUGAACUUCCAGCGUUGUCUCACCAAGGACAGCAUCCAUCAGUACAAAGGCCAGGAAAGAUUGAAGUCAUGCAUGUGUUAUAUGUGAACUUAACUGGAAGAAUAGGCCUGUGGUAUGAAGGUUACCUCACUGGUUUGGAUGAACCAUUCCAAUGGUCGCAUUUUGCUGAGGCAGUUUGUAGACGAUUUGGUGAUGACAGUGGAGUAGUGAUGGAGGAGUUCACCAAUUUCAGACAGAAUGGAGGGGUUAUGGAGUUCAAUGAUAGGUUUGAGGAAUUUAAGAGCCUUCUGAUUCAAAACCACCCCACCCUCAAUGAUCUCUAUUUCCUAGAAGCAUACAUAGCCAGACUUAAACCAAAUCUGAGGGGCUUUGUGAGAACUACUCAGCCUAAGACACUAGCAGAUGCAAUGUGGAAUGCUAGACAGUUGGAAAUGGGGCACAAGUGCAAGGGAAACACCUUCCAUGUUGUUGAGGAAGGGGAAUUUCAGGAUGCUUCUGAUGGAAUCAGUACUGAGGAACUGGAAGGAAUUGAGACUAAGGAACAAGUUGAGAUCUCCCUAUGUGCUGUGUUGGGUGGGGAGGGAUUGAAUACCAUCAAGUUGAUGGGAGUAGUGCAGAGGCAACCAAUGGUGAUACUAGUGGAUAGUGGAAGCACUCAUAGCUUCUUAGAUCCAAAAAUUCUCACACAACUAAGAAGAGAGCCAGAGAAAGCCCAAAUACUGAGAGUAACUGUUGCUAAUGGAGAACAGAUCAGUUGUGAUGCCAUUUGUAGAAGACUGAGGUGGCAAAUCCAAGGAGAAACCUUUGAAAAGGACUUCAGGUUGCUAAGGUUAGGAGGAUGUGACAUGGUCCUUGGCAUGGAUUGGAUAGACCGGUAUGCCCCUAUCCAACUCCAUACAAGGCCACCUGGUAUUUCAUUCAUUAAAGAAGGACAGCAAGUAACAUUAAGGGGGUUGACCAAGAAGGCUGGUAGAUUGCAGGAGGUGUCCAAGAAGGAGUUGAAGAAGUGGCAGCAGUAUGGGAUCCAAGGGUUCCUGGUGCAAUGUGAAGGAGUAAGGCAGGAAAGAGGAAAUAAUGAAUGCAGUGUAUACUGCAAGGUGGUGGUGCAGACUGAAUACAAGGAACUAACUGAAUUACUACAGCAGUUCCAGGAUUUAUUUGAAGAGCCAAAGGACCUGCCUCCCAGGAGGUUGUAUGACCACUCCAUUCCUUUAUUGCCAGGGGCACAACCUGUAAACAUCAAACCAUACAGGUAUUCCUUUGACCAAAAAAAUGUUAUAGAAGAGAUGGUUGAAGAAAUGUUAAAGAGUGGGGUCAUUGCUGAGAGUGUAUCCCCUUUUGCCUCACAUGUAUUGCUAGUGCCUAAAAAAGACAACACCUGGAGGUUUUGCAUUGAUUAUAGGGCUUUGAAUAACAUCACUGUUAAAAACAAGUUUCCAAUCCCAGUAGUGGAGGACCUUUUUUCUGAGCUUGCUGGAUCAAGGUAUUUCACCAAGUUGGAUCUAAGGGCAGGAUACCAUCAAGUAAGGAUGAGGGAAGGGGAAGAAUAUAAGACUGCAUUCAAAACACAUCAAGGCCUAUAUGAAUUCAGAGUUAUGCCAUUUGGCCUAACUAAUGCUCCUGCCACUUUCCAAGCACUGAUGAACUAUGUGUUCAAGCCAUUGCUGAGAAGGUUUGUUUUGGUAUUUUUUGAUGAUAUAUUGAUCUACAGCCAUGAACUGAGUAUGCAUUGGGAACACCUCAAGGCAGUCCUAGAAUUGAUGAAGGAACACAAGCUGUUGGCUAAGCUUAGUAAGUGUGCUUUUGCAAUGAGAGAAGUUGAGUACUUAGGCCAUAUAAUAUCUGAGCUUGGGUUGCAUACUGAUCCCUCAAAGUUGCAAGCAGUAGCAGAAUGGCCUAAACCUACAACUAUCAAGAGUUUGAGGGGCUUCCUAGGCUUGACUGGAUACUAUAGGAGAUUUAUCAAGAGCUAUGGAAUGAUUAGCAUGCCAAUGUGCCAUUGA